GGUCCUAUCAUGGUUCCCAUCUAUUUUUAAAAAUGCGCAGGGGACCAGUCUAUGCAUUAAUGGCGAGGUGCUCCGCAUGGAAAAUUUGCGAAAACGAAAGUUGACAUUCCUGCUGGGAUCCCAAAAAUUUUAUCAAGGAACUUGAUCGACAUUAAUUUGGUAAACAAUGGCAAGUAGCAAAUCAACGGCAAGUAGCAAAUCAACGGCAAGUGGCAAUCCUCCAAGGUGUUUUAAGCACAAUAAAACGUGGCAGCCAAGGAUUCAGCAGCUGUUAAACAAGAUAAGAGACUCCCUUCUACCCAAAAUUUAUAUUGGAAGAUUUAACAAUUUACUGUGUACGUGUGAUGUAGGCGCUGUUGCUGGUCGGCCAGAUAUCGCACAAGCUUGGGAUGAUGUUUCAAAUGAGAAGUUACAUCAGGCAAUUGCCUUCAUUGAUAAUUACGUUGCAAGCAACAUUGGUAAUGCCAAUGUACCAACACUGAAAAAAAUCAUGGAAUGGCUUAGAAAAGAUAAGGAAAUAAACGAUGAUAAUUCUUCAUCACCCCCGCCUUUUCCAAGAUCAAGUGCACUGAAAUUGCUAUAUACACUUCAAAAGGUCAUUGAGAAAGAUUACAGUAUUAUGGAGUCACGUAAACCGAAAAAGGAGCAGUCUAAGAAGAAAGAAAAACGUGAACUGGUACAGACAGUUGUGCUAGAGGACUACAGACCAGAGUUACUUGGUCAGCUUAUUGGGUUCUGCGGUAGAAACAUCAUGGGUUUUAUGAAAAGUAAAAAAUGUCACGUUCGAUUUGAUAAGGUUAAAAUAGAUGACGAGGAAAAACUUAAGGCCACAAUAAAGAAGACGACCGAAAAUAUGUCGGAUCUGGACACGAUCGCUAAAGAAUUGAUAGAUUUUGCAAAAGAUACGCAAGAAAACGUUGAAGCUUAUGUGCCAUCGGAUGACGAGGAAAUAACCCCAGAGGUGUUGUCCGUGUAUGACGAAGUUGAUCAGAUGAAUCAGACCGAGCUUAAAGAAGAAUACAAAGAACUGGUAGAGGCAGUUGAUACCUUUAAUUCUUCAACAGCUUUUAACGACAUAUCCAAACAUUAUGAAGAUAAUCCUAGUACACGUUACCGAGCUAUCACAAAGAAAUUCUCAUUGAUUAGCCAGAUUCAAGCUUUCAAUGAAUUGAAAAAUGCAUUGAAUCAGCCACAAACAACAGCUGUUAAUAUUGCGAAUCUUUCAAUUGGACAAAGUUUAGGGGCUGUCCCUAAAUCAACUUCAAGUGGCAGCCAAGCUAACCAAGCAGGCGCUAGUAGCUUGUCUCGGUCAACCAAUCAGAUGGCUGGAACAUCUUCCCAGUCAACCAAUCAGAUGGCUGGAGCAUCAUCCCUGUCUACCAAUCAGAUGGCUGGAUCUUCAACUUUGGUACAUUCAGUUGAUUUGAAUGAUACAGAAGCUGGUGAUCCGUGUCCUACGAAAUGUAUAGUACAUGAUCGUCGUUGGGUAUCCACCUACCAGUAUACAUUGACCCAGUGUUAUACACACAUAAAACUACAGAAAAAACAUGGUAGUAGAUUCAGCAGACUGAUCUGUACUUGUGACAAAAAGAGACCAG